AACAAUCAGGUGAAGGAUGAAAACCGAGUUAGUGGUAAGGGCAGAUGUAGCUGCCCAUUUUACGAGGAAAUUGAUGCUAUCCUGGGAACAAGAGCAGCAUCGUCACCACCUGUAUUGUUGGAAAGCGGGUCCACAGGUUUAGAAGUUAAUGGAGAUGGUGUAAGUGGUGAGAGAAAGCAGCUUAUUAAUUAACUUGCCCAUGAAUUGAAACAUCUCAUUUGUUACCAAUAAAGUGUCUGAAGACGAGUUUCAGUGUGAUAGUUUUCAGUGUGAUAGUGAAGAUGUCGAAGUUAUCAAUGAAACUAUGGUAAGUGAGAGUAGCAAGGAAACUGACUACUGUGAGGACAAUGCUGAUGAGACUGAUAUUGAUAAUCUAGCAGAAAAUGGUACAAUCAAACACUGCGAGAAUGCUACAAGUGGCAAAGGGCAAAUGAAAAGCUCAGUAGAAAAAUGCAAGCUCGGAAAACGUGGAACCAAACGAAGAAGAGAAACAGGGGUUUCAGCAGACCUCUUGGCUGAGUUAUCUAAGCUAGAACGAGAGGCAGAAACCAGGUUUGAAGAAAGAGAGCACAAGAGAAUGAUGUUAGAAUUACAGCUAGAGGAGAGACGUCAUGAAAAGGAAAUGCAGCAUGAAGAACGAAUGCAGGCUAUGUUUUUAGGCUUUAUGCAGCAAAUGGCAGCAGGAUUUGCACCCGGAAUACAUUUAGGUCAAUACACUAGCCAAUAUCAAGAGCCAAGAGGCCCCAUUGGCCGUCAACCAGAUACCAAUGCCUCCUUGUCCGAACUGUCUCUAACGAUAGAAGAGCCAUCACAGCAGUUCCAGCUGUAA